GAAACUUCUCACUCUGGAGUCACUGCCUGGAUUCUCCACUAAGUCUGAGGUCUGAGCAGCCUGCCAGCUACAUCAGAGCCGGUAACUUAUCAAACUCAGCUAAGGAUAUUUUACCAAUGUUUCACAGGAUUCCUUUCAGAGCAGAGUCAGGAUGAGUGUUGGGAACCCACCCAGACUCCUGGACUUAGCAGCAAUGAGCCUGUUGAGAGACGAGGCGUUGACCAUCUUCUCUUUGGAGUAUCUGCCCACGGAGCUCUUCCCACCACUGUUCAUAGCUGCCUUCUAUGGGAGAUGCAGGGAGACCUUGAAGACCAUGGUGCAAACCUGGCCCUUUGCCCGCCUGCCUCUAGGGGGCCUGAUGCAGAAGCCUCACAAGGGAACCUUACAAGCAGUGCUGGGUGGGCUUGAUGUCCUGCUAGCCCAGAAGGUUCGUCCCAGGAGGUGCAAACUGAGGGUGCUGGAUUUAAGGAAUACUGGCCAGAACUUCUGGAGCAUGUGGUCUGGAGCCAGAGCCCAUGUGUACUCAAGCUCAUCGAUGGCACCCGUGGUUGAGGACAUUUCAAGGACAAAGCAGCCCUUGGCUCCCUUGGAGGUAUUCAUAGAAAUUUGUCUCAAGAAAAAGACCCUGGAUGAAUUCCUCGCCUACCUCAUCAGGUGGGUGGAGCAGAGAAAAGCCUCCAUACACCUGUGCUGUAAGAAGCUGAAGAUUGUUUCAACGCCCAAGGAAAAUAUUAAGAAAGUUCUGAGUAUAGUACAGCUGGACUGUGUACAGGAGGUGGAAGUGAAUUGCACCUGGAAGCUGUCCACCCUGGCCAUGUAUGCUCCUCACCUGGGCAAGAUGAGGAAUGUUCAGAGACUCCUUCUCUCCCCCAUUCAUGUGUCUGCCUUCAAGGAGCAAGACCAUCAAUAUCUUCUACAGUUUGCCUCUCAGAUCCUCAGGCUGCAGUACCUCCGGGAUCUCCAUAUGGAAUCCCCAUCCUUCCUCGAAGGUCGCCUGAACCAGAUGUUCAGGUGCCUGAAGACCCCCUUGGACAACCUCGCAAUAACCAACUGCCUGCUUACAGAAUCAGACUUGACGCAUCUCUUCCAGUGCCCAAAUAUUAGUCAUCUAAAGGGCCUGAAUCUUAGUGGUGUUACCCUGACCAACUUUAGUCCUGAGCUCCUCCAAGUUCUGCUGGAGAAAGUUGCAGCCACUCUUCAGGAACUGGACUUAAACCUGUGUGGGAUCAUGGACUCCCAACUCGAGGCCAUCCUGCCUGCCCUGAGCCACUGUUCCCAUCUCAGGGUCUUCAGCAUGUGUGGGAACCUCCUCUCCAUGGCUGUCAUGGAGAGGCUCCUGCGUCAUACUGAUGGGCUGACUGGUUUAAAUCUAGAGCUUUACCCUGCGCCUCGGGAGAGUUACAGCUCUCAGGGUGUUCUCCACCAGGAGAGACUUGCCCUUCUACACGCUGAGCUUUUGGAGAUUCUUAGAGACUUAGGACAUCCCAGGACCAUUUGGAUUAGCCCCAGCCCCUGUCCUCACUGUGGCGUUGACAUAUGUGAUCACAUAAGUCCCAGUAUAUAAUGAUGUAAUACCCUGCCUUGUUGGUUGCUUCUAUCAAAAGCUUUCUUCUGAACCCUUGGAAACUGAAAUCUAGGACAUAGGUACAUUAUGAAGUGAAAACACACCCAUGGUUUCUGUUAUCUGCUCAGUGUGACUGGGAAAAGGAAAGGUGAUCCAGCAGGGGUGCAGGAUUCCAGAAGGAUAUGUUGAUUUGGGAAGCUGAUGGGACUUUUAGACAUGUGUUUAUAGAGUUAAAUAUGAACCUAAAUUUCUGGAGGAGGAUUCAGUUUGAGACACACAUGUUUGAGUUAUCCUUGGAUGGACAGUUGUAGAAAUGUUCAG